AUGGCUGAAAAUCAUGUAAUUGUUGCAUUGGGUUUGUUGGUGUGUGGUUGGUCAUGGGUGGAAGGGACGCAUGGGGAGUACUUGAUUGGGGUUGGGAGCUAUGACAUGACUGGUCCUGCUGCUGAUGUGAACAUGAUGGGUUAUGCGAACUUGGAGCAGAACACAGCUGGUAUUCAUUUCAGGCUAAGGGCAAGAACUUUCAUUGUGGGUGAGAGCCCUGAUGGCCCUAGGUUUGUUUUUGUCAAUCUUGAUGCUUGCAUGGCAUCUCAGCUUCUAACUAUCAAGCUGCUUCAGAGACUUAAUUCAAGGUUUGGAAAUUUGUACAGUGAAGAAAAUGUAGCAAUAAGUGGGACUCACACACAUGGUGGCCCUGGCGGUUACAUGCAAUAUUUGGUUUACUCUGUCACUUCUCUUGGUUUUGUGAAACAGUCCUUUGAUGUGAUAGCCGAUGCAAUUGAACAAAGCAUUAUUCAAGCUCACAACAAUCUCAAGCCUGCUUCCAUCUAUUUGAAUAUAGGAGAAGUGAAGGAUGCGGGCAUAAACAGGAGUCCAAGUGCAUAUUUGCAGAACCCUGCAAAUGAGAGAGCAAGAUAUCCCUUCAAUGUUGAUACAGAAAUGACUCUUUUGAGGUUUGUGGAUGGAGAAAGUGGUGAAAGUGUAGGAGCAUUCACUUGGUUUGCAACACAUGGAACUUCCAUGAGCAAUAAAAACAAGCUCAUUACUGGAGAUAACAAGGGUGUUGCAGCAAGACUUUUUGAAGAUUGGUUUGCUUCUCAAAACACAUCUUCAACCACCAACUCCUUAAGUGUUGAGAUGAAUGUUGGGCAACUAGUAAAGAUGGCACAAUCAAUUAAGGCCACACGAGGAAAAAACAGCAGCAAACAAGCAAGCCAAGCAUCCAAGGUGAGGAAGAAUGAUGGAUCCUUAUUUGUUGCAGCAUUUUGCCAAUCAAAUGUUGGAGAUGUGUCACCAAAUGUUUUAGGAGCAUUUUGCAUUGAUACUGGAAAGCCUUGUGAUUUCAACCAUUCUUCAUGCAAUGGCAAUGACCAACUUUGUGUAGGCAGGGGACCAGGGUACCCAGAUGAAAUAUUAAGUACUAAGAUCAUAGGUGAAAGACAAUUCAAAAGUGCUGUGGAAUUGUUUCAGUCAGCUUCAGAGGAAGUGAAAGGGAAGAUUGAGUACUUUCAUGUGUACCUUAACUUCACAGACAUUGAAGUUGAAUUGGAGAGUAAUAAGGUGGUUAAAACUUGUCCUGCAGCACUAGGUCCUGGUUUUGCAGCAGGCACUACAGAUGGGCCAGGUGCUUUUGGGUUUCAACAAGGAGAUUUAAAGAUUAAUCCAUUUUGGAAGAAUUUGAGGGAUUCCCUGAAAGAACCAAGUCAAUAUCAAGUGGACUGCCAAAACCCAAAGCCAGUUUUGCUGAGCACUGGCGAAAUGUUUGAUCCUUAUGCUUGGGCGCCAGCAAUUCUUCCAAUUCAAAUCCUAAGAUUGGGAAAGUUGAUCAUUCUUUCUGUACCAGGAGAGUUUACAACAAUGGCUGGCAGAAGGUUAAGGGAGGCAGUGAAGGAGACAUUAAUAUCUAGCAGCAAUGGAGAAUUCAAUGACAAAACACAUGUGGUUAUAGCAGGACUUACAAAUACUUACUCACAAUACAUUGCUACUUUUGAAGAAUAUCAGCACCAACGGUACGAGGCUGCUUCCACACUGUAUGGUCCUCACACAUUGUCAGCAUACAUCCAAGAAUUUAAGAAACUAGCACAAGCAAUGGCUGAAGGACAGAACAUCACUACAAAAGGUCCCUCUCCACCAGAUCUCUCAUCUGUACAAAUAAGUCUAUUACUUGAUCCGUUUGAAGACUCACCUCCUGAAGGAAUCGAAUUUGGUGACAUAAAAGAAGACAUAGCCUUUCCAGAAAGAGGCUAUUUUAGGAAGGGAGAUACACCAAGUGCUACAUUCUGGAGUUCUAAUCCAAGAUAUGAUCUUCUGACAGAGGGCACAUUUGCUGCAGUGGAGAGGCUGCAAGGGGAAAGAUGGAUUGCUACAUAUGAUGAUGAUGAUUUAAGCUUGUUUUUCAAGUGGAAAGUAGAUAAUAGUUCCAUGCAUGGAUUAGCUACAAUAGAAUGGGAAAUACCAUUUGGCUCUGUUUCUGGAGUAUACAGACUAAGACACUUUGGAGCAACAAGGAGCACCAUUACCUCCCCUAUUAGUUACUUCACUGGUGCUUCAAGUGCAUUUGCAGUGCAGUAA